AUGAUCACUGACAACGGAAGCAGUUUCAUUUCCAAAGAUUUCAAGGAGCUGUUGGUUCGUUUCAAAGUUGCCCACUGGCUCAACUCACGAUAUCACUCACAGGCGAACCCGGUUGAAAGAGUCAACCAAACUAUCAAUGCUGCAAUUAGGACAUACGUGAGGGAGGACCAACGCCUUUGGGACACUUGUGUUUCGGAGAUCGAGAUGGUUUUGAAUACCAGUGUUUACUCGUCGACUGGAUUCACACCAUACUUCAUUACUCACGGGCACGAGUACUCUGAAGUUAGCACCGAUCAUCUACUCACCCGUCACGAUGAAAAACUGACUUCAGAAGAGCUAGAAGUACGGCGAUCGAAAAUGUUUGAGCGAAUCUACGAUCUUGUUCGCAAAAAUUUGGUGAUAGCUCACAACGCUUCACAACAUCGAUAUAACUUACAGCAACCGCAAUUUUCCAAAGCCUUUGUGGACGGCCAGCUGAUAUACCGCAGAAACAUGAAACCGUCUAGUGCGGCACAAAAUUACAAUGCCAAGUACGGCCGACAAUUUCUCCCAUGUCAUGUCAAAGCAAAAAUUGGCUCAUCCUUGUAUGAGCUGGAGGAUUUAAAUGGUAAAAAUAUUGGGAUUUGGCCGGCUACUCAUCUAAAACCCGGUUAG